AUGGACCCAGGUGGUUCUACAUUUGAUUUAACAGCGCCAGCCUAGUUUUUAUAACCUAAAAUUAAUGUUAGCAAGCAGGCUGAGUAACCGAUCAACAAGCCUUAAAAGGAUGUAUGGAAUGUAUAUAUAAAGCAGUUACAACAAAAAACACAAGCUUCAAAUUCAAAACUACCUUAAUUAAACAGCAAUUAGAAUGUGGCGAAAGGUUCAAACCAAAAGUAGACCUAGCAGGUGCAAUAAUCAUCUCCAAAGCCAAUCUAGAAGGCUAAAAAGAUUGAUUUGUUUAGAGAUGCAUUGUCAUAAGCAACAACAAAAUAUUUACCUCCUGGGAAAAAGGAGAAGGACAAGACUCAAAAACCUAAACCAUAAUAAGAAUUGCAACAGCAAUAGAUAGAGGAGAUCAAGAAGGAAUAUGAGGAUUUGGUGUAAAAUCAUUAUAAAGACUUGUAUGGACAUGUUGCGAAUGAUCAGUAGAAGAGUUUGCAGGAUUUACAUAAUAAGAGAAUUGUUACUGCGUUGCAGGAUUUGGAAUCCAGGCCGAAAGUUUAGAAUGCUCUUGAGAAGAAGGAGGAACAAAUCAAUAAGCAAAGGUUGUAUAAGGAUAGACUACUGUAUGACAUCAAGUAGAUGAUCAUAAAGAGCAGAAGGCUGGAUGAAUUACUGAAUGAUUUGGUGUUGCAAAAUGAGGAUACAGUUAAGGAGACAAUAGAGGAGUUGUUGGAGAAGGAAUAAGUAUAGGAGGAGAAAAUGGCGAAAUAAACUUAUGAAAUCGCUAAGUUGAGAGACAUGUAUUUAAAAAGAAGGAAACUAUUGUUGGAAGUGCAAAAAUAAUGUCAAAUCACCUAUGAUGGAUUAAAAAUCAAAUAUUAAUAAUAUGAAGCAUCCUCUCAGAGUAUGAUGAGUAGGAAGAAGCAAUUGGAAUCGUUAUCAAAGAUAGUUGCAAAGUAUCGAAGUGAGUUUUAGAGUUAACAGAACUUCUUUGGAGCCAGUCUAAGAGGGAGAUUUGAUCCUAUGUUGGAGGAAAUAUUGGAGGAUGAACUGUCCAAAUGUGGUGAUGAAUAGGCUUUGGAGAUCGUUUAGCAAGGGGAAAAGAAGAUCAUAGCCAUCAAGGAAGAUAAUGAAAAGAGGAAGAGGGGGGAACAGAAAGAUAAAGCCAAAUUGGCAAUUGAGAAUGCGACUUAAAAUAUUAAUAAACAAAAAUAGGAUAUACAAUAGGAAUUGGAGAAAAAAAAAUAAAUGUUCUAAAAAUUAAGAGUAGUUACUAGCAUUUCAAAUUAAGAGAUCAUGAAGAAAUAUAAAUUAAAUAUGGAUUUAGAUUAAAAUGAAUUAAAAAACAUUCAAGAAUAUGUUGGAAAAGAAAUUGAAAGAUACGAAAGAUAGAAUGAUGAAUUAAGGUCAGAAAUUAAAAAAUUGAAAUAUGAAUAAGAGAAUUCAAUAUUAGAUGCUCAAAUAAAUUUGGAUCAAUUGGAAAGAGAUGUUACUAAAUAAUAAGAUUGUUUGUCAGAAAAAGAGAAAUAAGUUAAAAAAGUUGAAAAAUCAAUAGAUGAAGUGACCAUGUCCUUAUCUAGAAUUAUGUAUCAAUUAAGUGGUAAAGGAAUGAAGGCAAAAAACAUCGAAAUUAAAAGGUCUGCUUUAGUAGCAACAGCCUCGACUAUCUAAUUACGUUUGGAAAGAAUGCUAACAGUGCUGUCAAAAACAUAAGAGUUCUUAAAUGAAGAAUCUAUUAACACAAAUCCAAGAUACAAUAAGGUUGAAGAUUUUAUAUGUUUGAAUCCAAAGAGUUAUAUAUCCCAAGAAAUUAAUGAGUAAGUCGAGGGUAACAUAAAGUUUGUGUAUAAGGAAGAGGAUAGCUCUGAUGAAGAUUGCAAAGAUAUGGAUGAAGUGAGAUAAUAAGUAAAGACCAAAGCUUAAGAAGAUAAACCGUAAGUAGUUGUAGUACAAAAGAAAGAUAAAAAACUUAAGUGA